UUUAACUAUGCCACUUUGUUUACAUACUCAUCUCAUAUGUAUAUACUGUACUCGAUACCAUCUACUGUAUGCUGCUCUGUACCAUCACUCAUUCAUAUAUCCGUAUGUACAUAUUCUUUAUCCCCUUACACUGUGUAUAAGACAGUAGUUUUGGAAUUGUUAGUUAGAUUACUUGUUGGUUAUCACUGCAUUGUCGGAACUAGAAGCACAAGCAUUUCGCUACACUCGCAUUAACAUCUGCUAACCAUGUGUAUGUGACAAAUAAAAUUUGAUUUGAUUUGAUUUAGAGGAGAUGGACCCCUAUACUACUGGUGUUGUAGAGGAGAUGGACCCCUAUACUACUGGUGUUGUAGAGGAGAUGAACCCCUAUACUACUGGUGUUGUAGAGGAAAUGGACCCCUAUACUACUGGUGUUGUAGAGGAGAUGAACCCCUAUACUACUGGUGUUGUAGAGGAGAUGAACCCCUAUACUACUGGUGUUGUAGAGGAGAUGAACCCCUAUACUACUGGUGUUGUAGAGGAGAUGAACCCCUAUACUACUGGUGUUGUAGAGGAGAUGAACCCCCUAUACUACUGGUGUUGUAGAGGAGAUGGACCCCUAUACUACUGGUGUUGUAGAGGAGAUGGACCCCUAUACUACUGGUGUUGUAGAGGAGAUGAACCCCUAUACUACUGGUGUUGUAGAGGAAAUGGACCCCUAUACUACUGGUGUUGUAGAGGAGAUGGACCCCUAUACUACUGGUGUUGUAGAGGAGAUGAACCCCUAUACUACUGGUGUUGUAGAGGAGAUGAACCCCUAUACUACUGGUGUUGUAGAGGAGAUGGACCCCUAUACUACUGGUGUUGUAGAGGAGAUGGACCCCUAUACUACUGGUGUUGUAGAGGAGAUGGACCCCUAUACUACUGGUGUUGUAGAGGAGAUGAACCCCUAUACUACUGGUGUUGUAGAGGAGAUGAACCCCUAUACUACUGGUGUUGUAGAGGAGAUGGACCCCUAUACUACUGGUGUUGUAGAGGAGAUGAACCCCUAUACUACUGGUGUUGUAGAGGAGAUGGACCCCUAUACUACUGGUGUUGUAGAGGAGAUGGACCCCUAUACUACUGGUGUUGUAGAGGAGAUGAACCCCUAUACUACUGGUGUUGUAGAGGAGAUGAACCCCUAUACUACUGGUGUUGUAGAGGAGAUGAACCCCUAUACCACUCUAGUGUUGUAGAGGAGAUGAACCCCUAUACCACUCUAGUGUUGUAGAGGAGAUGAACCCCUAUACUACUGGUGUUGUAGAGGAGAUGGACCCCUAUACUACUGGUGGUGUAGAGAUUAUAUCCUAGAUGAGUCCUGCUAUGGAGAGGAGAUGGACCCCUAUACCACUCUAGUGUUGUAGAGGAGAUGAACCCCUAUACUACUGGUGUUGUAGAGGAGAUGAACCCCUAUACCACUCUAGUGUUGUAGAGGAGAUGAACCCCUAUACUACUGGUGUUGUAGAGGAGAUGAACCCCUAUACUACCGGUGGUGUAGAGAUGCUAUCCUAGAUGAGUCCUGCUAUGGAGAGGAGAUGAACCCCUAUACUACUGGUGUUGUAGAGGAGAUGGACCCCUAUACUACCGGUGGUGUAGAGAUGCUAUCCUAGAUGAGUCCUGCUAUGGAGAGGAGAUGAACCUCUAUACUACUGGUGUUGUAGAGGAGAUGAACCCCUAUACUACUGGUGGUGUAGAGAUUAUAUCCUAGAUGAGUC